CACAAACACACACACACACACACAUACACGUGCCACUCUAUGUCUCUAGUAGCUCUCCAAUCAUCUCCUCUCUCCUCCUCCUCCUCCUCUCUCACCAUGGAGUCACAUCACUGAAGAGUGGAUUGUUCCUCCUGUUUUCUCCUCUUCUCUCCUCUGCACUUCAUUCGGUGUGUUUGGGUGUCUGUUUCAAGGUGGGAAUGCUCGUGUCUGCGACAGCGCUGUUGGGGGCUACGCUGGGAACCGUGUCUGGAGUGUUGACGCUGUGUGGUCUCUCCCUGCUUUGCAAGAGCUGUAAGAAGGGGAAACUUGAGAGAGGGGACGAUACUGACCCAGAGAAAGCCAAACCCAGUAUCCUGCAUACUCUGACGCAGUUCAGUGUGCAGAAAUGCACAGAACCCAUCCAGCCUCAAGCAUCUUUGAAGUUUCCUCAAAUCUACCGCCCCAAACCUUCUGUCACUUCUCAAGAGGUAGUAAACUACAAUGAACAUGGAGCUGCCAAUGACACGUCUGCUGCUGAGCUCGACACCUGUAACCAGGCAACCGAACGUGAGGAGGUCUUCUCCCUCCCGCAGCAAGCUUCCAUAGAUGAAACGCCCUGUACAUCUGAGCAAACCGGUGCCAUGACGACAAGUAGCUUCAUCCUAUAUCCCAAACUGCACUUCUCCAUCAGCCUGCACAAAGAAAAUGGAGAGCUACACAUCAGCAUUGUAGAAGCGGAGAAUAUAUCAGUGGAGGCUGGAUGUGAGGGAUAUAUAUCAGGGUGUGUGAGCGUCUCUGAAGAGCAGAAGCACGCUCACACAGCAGUCCACAAGCUGGCAGCGCAUGUGCAGUGGGGAGAGGAGCUGGUGUUCGCUCUUCCCAUGGAGGGCACAGAAGACACAGACAGUCUAGAUGGAGAGGUGGCCCUCUCACUUCACUGCUGUGAUCGAUUCUCCCAUAAUUCCACUCUGGGCACGAUGCGCUUUAAGCUGGCUGAUAUAAGCAUGAUGUUAGACGCUGAUUGCUGGGUUGAUUUACAGCCACCCAAACAGGAAGUGGCAUCAUCAGCUGGAGAGCUACUAUUGUCACUCAGUUAUCUGCCAGCAGCCAAUAGACUUGGGGUGGUGGUAAUGAAGGCUAGAGGACUUCAGUCAGACAAACUGAAAGACAACAUAGAUUUAUCGGUAAAGCUGACCUUGAAACACCAAAAUGCCAAGCUGAAAAAGAAGCAGACACGGCGAGUGAAGCACAAGAUGAAUCCGGUAUGGAAUGAGAUGAUGAUGUUGGAGCUGCCCAGUGAGCUAUUGGCUAAAUCCAGCGUGGAGUUGGAGGUACUGAACCUGGUCAGUCCCGGCACCCUGCUCCCUCUGGGCCGCUGCAUGCUGGGGCUCCACACCUCCGACACCGGCCUGCAGCACUGGAAACAGAUGCUAGAUAAUCCACGCAAGCAAAUUGCAAUGUGGCAUCCACUUUACACCUAAGAAUACAGGUUAAUAUUCUACAAAACACCACCUACACGCAAUGAUUGGUUAAACAUGUGGUUGGAGUUUUAUGAUAGUACUCUAUUCCUAUGUAAAAAAUAUGCAAUACUCCAAUAUAAUAAAUAUUUAAGUAGAUUAAUGAGUGAACAAAAGUUGUUAUCGUUAUGUAUUAUAAGACUAUUUUCUCUGAAGGUAAAAGCUGCUGGAGACAGUCACAUACAGUACUAAUAUAUUGUUACACAAUAGUGUAAGCAGUGCUGCAUUUACCUUUGGUGUUAAUGUUGUUAAUGUGUCUUCAAAUUACUCAAUGCUAUUUUACACUGGUCUGACUUGGAGCCAUCCUCAUCUCCU